CACCAAUUCUCAUCUUUGUUGUACUCCAUUUAACAUUACGCGCUGUGGCUCGUCGGUGCUCAUCAUCAUGCCUCCAGUAACUUCCUCUCGCAAAGUAACGGUAAAUUCAAGAAGCUCGAAGCCGAAGACUGCUGUUCCAUCUUAUGAACUGGACGGGCGAACAACCUCCAAAGCGAAGGGGAAACAGAUGACGAGAGACGAGUCUCCGGAAGAACGAAAAAAUUCGGCAAUGCUUGAUGUAAAUACAUCUCUACAGACCCUAUCAUCAGUCGCAAAAUCCGGCUGGAAGGCAAAUUCGGAGGAGGGGAGAAUGAAGUCGACCCCGCUCAGCAAGGUCUUAGCUGCUGUCUCUCGCGCAGAUGAAGCUUUGUCAUGCCUUCGUGUUCUAUGUCCGGAUGACCUUGACGUAGAGCGCGCUGCGUCAAGCAUGAUGAGCAAGCUGUUUGUGUUGGAGAUGCAUGAUACAGCCCUUCCCUUUCUAAGCAAUAUGCACGCUCGUCUGCUCGCUUUUCUCGGGGCACCUGAUCGAAAAGCAACAGUACACUCCUCAUCUGCCCCAAAGUUGCCAGUCCACCUACUUUCCCUCCCGCUGCCCACGAUAUCGCCACCAGCAGACACCGUGCUCCUCACGCUUAUAUCAACCUAUCUAAUCCACGCAAUAAUUUCCCUCACGCAUAUCGCGGUAUCCUCGCCGUCGUCGACUAACCCAGACUCGUUCUCUACUGCUCUCCUUGAAUCCAGCACGCUCUUGGCAUGGGUACCUUAUUGUGUAUCCUUGCCUAGCAAGCACGUAGACACUAUGCUUACACGGGCAUACACAAUCCUGACGAAAUCAUGCUCCGCGUUUUCUGCGAGCUCGCGCUCGACCUUCCUCAUUCGCAUGUACGCGCUCAAGUGCCUUCUCUGCACGAGUGCCGGAACUGUUCAGCCAAGCACCUUCUGGGAUCAAAUUCAGAAAUCGUGCACUAUGUACGUUAAAACCUCUUCUCCCAUGUCAGAGGCGGAGGAACUCUCCGUCGCAAAGUUCGUGUCAGAGCGCCUUGGCGAGGUCGUACAGAUUGCACAGUCCAAACCAUCAUUCGUGGAGGGGAAGUCAUUUGUUCUGCUCUGUGAGACGUGGACAAGUUUCGCGAAGCGUAGCAACGAUCUACGCACCCUUGACCGCAUAACAGACCUAAUGGGUCCGGUAUCGCCGUCAUCUUGCUCAUCGACCUCGGUCGAUGACCUAGCCAACAAUAUCAGUAAACUCAAUAUCUCCGUUCCUUCGCCGAGAGAUAAAGACACCGCUGUUCUUGAAUGUGCAAGAGCCUGUGCGGUAUUAACCAAAGUCACGGCAUGCUUGGACGCAAACUCCGCCGAAACGGAUGACCUCUCCAAACGAGUUGACGAUGCAGCGAAGAUUCUCCCCGGAUUUGGGGGCCUUUUAUCCCUUAUGACUGAACCGAAUGAUGAGCUGCACCGUGCGCAGGGAAAGUUCCAACGGACUCUAGAGAGAUUGAGACGAAUUUGCAUCAAGGUCCUGGACGGAGAGGCAAAAGACCAACACCAUGCAAUAAUAUCGCUACUAAUGGUGAUCUCAACAGCUCUGGAAGGCGCGUUCAAGCAGAACCCAAAUAAGGACGUCUUGACCGCAUCCCUCGAUUCACUGUUUGUCCUCGCACGCAUGCGGCUUAAAUGCAACGACCCGGACACUUACACGCCCACUCUCGACCUCCUCAACCAUGCCAUCGUCCUUCUGGACUCUACCCCCGACCAUAUGAACGCCAUCCCGAUUUCUACACGUGCCAACUACAUCCGAUGCAUCUCUGGGGCGUAUCAUAACCUGGCUGGCUCGCUGUAUCAAAGCUCCAAGUACGGGGGUGCAGUACGUUUUCUGAAAGAAGGAUGUUCACUCGGUGCACGUGCACUCCACGUACGAGCGGGUGCGAUGGAGGACAGCGGAGAGGAUGACGAACGGGAAGAAGGGUGGAAACAACUCGAGGAACAGUUAUUUAGGAGGUGGGAGCUACUUGCGGUGUGCUAUUCGAAGAUGGGAGAUCGGAAGCUCGCAUGUGAUGCGUUUGUAGAGAGUGUAAAGGCCUUUCCAUAUGGCUCAUCCGGCCUAGAGGUGGCUAGGUCGACAACACCGACUAGCGCUUUCAACGCGAAUCCAAGCACGAGGCAGCUAGGUGCAAUAAUUGACAGGUUCACCUACGCAGCAACAUGCGAACUUUUUCUCCCUCCGAGCGAAGUUAGCCUCCUUACCUCACUGAAGCCGGGUGCUCUUAGGGGUGAAGUCCUAGGUCUGCUGCUCGAGCGUCAAAUCUCGACUCUCGAACCUUGCCUUCGGAAAGACGGUGUGCAGACUAUUGUAUGCGCGCUGUUGCAAGAUGCUCUUGCAGCGUAUCAGGCCACCGAUCUUCCGUUGUGCAGGAUUAGAGUCCUCCUGAAGUGCAUGGAGUUCCUGUGGAAGAGGAACGCCAACGAUGGGGAAAAUCACUGGACCGCGGAACGCCUGGGCGAAGAAGGUCUACGCCUGCUCACUGUUGAGAACCUUGGGCACGACACCGCGUUUGCCUCAUUGCGUGUACAAUACACUGUGGCAAUUCAUCUUUGGCUCAGCCUCUUCGCAUAUCGCAGCGCAGAGUCAUCGAUGAUUUCGACCGUGUCAUAUCAUGUAGAGGAGGCAUGUAGCGUCCUGCGCGGGCUCAUUCCCAACUCUCCCAGUGAAACAAAUCCCAAGACGAAGCGAUCACCCGUGCAGGCGAAGAAGUUACCUAAGGCAGUUGCGCCUGCGAAGAAGUCGACGAGAGCUGCAAGUGUGCGUACGACGAACAAGGCCAGAACUCAGAAUCCUGUUACACCCCGUCCACGUAAAGCUCUCGAGAACGUGUCUAAUGUCAUUCAAAGUACACCGCCGAAGGAGGCUGCCGCACUUGGUGUUCAGAAAGCGGCGAUCGUUUUUGACCUCGAGUCAGUUAUCAGUCAACUUCAAAUGAACAUGCAUUUGCUUGGACUUCUGGGUCUGGUCUUAUUGAAGAUCAAACUCCUGGAUGCUCUGAAGCGCAUCUGUGAGCGUCAACUCGUCAUAUCCGCUGACUUGUACAUCACGAUCUGCGUUGAUCUCGCGUCAGAGUAUGUCAAAUUGGGCAAGACGAAGCGGGCCAAUUCUAUCUUUGCACGGAGUUCGGCGGCGCUGAAAUUGAAUGAUGUUUCCGACGAGAUACGUAUCAGAUAUUUGUUAAGAUAUGCAGAAAUUUUGGCCCUCGGAAAUAAUGUUCCUGGAAGUGCCUCUUCGUACUGUGAAGCCAUGGGUUUGUCGGAAUCUUUUCCCCCUGAAGACAAAGUUCUACCGACUGCUGAACGGAUAAAGCUACGUGCCGGACGGCUCGAGCAGGCGGCGAUGGCUUGCAGAGUCUCCGCUGCCAUUCAGUAUUCCAGGAACAACGUAGUUGGCGCUUUAGAAUGCACGUUGCAGUCGUUGCGACUGUGGAAUCGUGCGGUGGACACGCUAUCUCGAUUAAGCCAGCCUCCCGCCAAACCCACCAAGGCAACCGAUGAUACAAACCCAUUUGAGGCUACCCCUACAGCAUCCGCCAGCGAUACUCCGUCCAAUAAUCACCCGAGAUCAUUAGGCCAGAAACGUUUAAUGGACGGGAUAGAGUGGCGAAUGGUUGAAGGACUACUCUCAACGCUGUUGACGCUCUCUCAUGCUUACUUUACUCGUGGCUCUUCCCGCGAAGCCGAGUACUUUGCUCAGCAAGCACAGGACCUCGCCGAGUCCGUUAACGCCCCGACUAUGGCUGCUCGUGCGCUGAUGCGUAAGAGUGAGAUCCAAUUAUACCAGAGGCAGCUAGAUGCAGGACGGAACAGCUUGGCCAAGGCUGCGGAGUUGCUGCAAGAUCUGCCAGGUGUGGAUGCGGCCGAUAUGAGGAGGCUGAAUGGAGAUUGGAAUCGGCUGAAUGCGCAAGCCGAGGACGCCAGAGACCUCUACGUGGAAGCAUCUGCAAUGCUUGGGGAACUAGAGGGGAUGCUGGCGUCCUUUGAUGGCAGUCGCAGGAAAUCCAGCGUGACGUUGUCGCCACAAGCUGCCUUAGCCACCACCGGACAGGGAGCAAUAGUCUCUACUUUGCUGUCCGACAUUCUCCGCCAUCAUAUCUGGUUAUUACGCGAUGACGGAGAUGCUAUACUCAAGGAUCUGAUAGAGCGACUCGUAGCUUUGCCCGCUUCCCAAGACACGAAAGGAGAAGAGCAUGCACUCAUGGGGAAACUUACCCUGCAUAGCGUCUACGAGCAAUUCCGUUCAGAUAUGUUCCUGAGUUCCUUGGCUGAAUCUACGAUCGCCUUGCCGAUGGGCAUGACAAGCGACCGAGUCGUAUCGCUCUCACCUUCAACCCAAGAUAUCUUGGGUGCUUUGGACAACGCAGAAAAACUCUUUUGGGCUGACCUCGCGCUGACCGCGGAUCGGGGGAGCGUCCCCCACGUCCGCGAAACCACGGUAAACCUUGCGCUCGUCAAAGCACUUCAGACAUCCCUUGGAAAGGGGGGAAAGGACGGACCUAUUAUAGCCGCUCGCCUUCUUGAUGCGUCAUCCGCAAUUACUCUCCGCCGUGAAAUGCUAGAGGCAAUCCAGUAUAAAUUCCCCAGCAUGCAGAAUGACGAUCUUGAAUGGCCCUUAAUGACGUCCAGCGGUUCCCCACUACCUCGGAAGAGACCAUCUAACGUUCGACGGUUGGGGUCGUCCAGCUCUGAAGAAGUAUCUGACAAUGACGAUGACCCGAAUGCGACCAUGAAGGCAUACUGGGAUUCUAUCCGCAAGACAUAUGCAGAGCAGACUUCUGACGCUUCCUUGCUAUCGACCACGACCAUGUCAGAGUUUCCACCUCAUUGGACCGUCGUGCAUAUCAGCCUCACGCCUGACAAGAGUACCCUCUUUAUCUCUCGGGAGAACGUGUCUUCUGAGCCGUUGAUGUUCUGUGUGCCUCUCAAAGGUCGACGCGAAUCGGACGAAGACGAACACCUUACGUUUGACGAUGCUGUGAAGGAGCUGGCUGAGAUCAUCCGCUUGAGCGACCAAGGAACACGUAACGCUGUCAACGUACGAAAUGAUGAUCCACAGGCAAGGACUGCUUGGUGGGCGGAGCGUAAUACCCUGGAUAAAAGGAUGAAGGAGCUGCUAGAGAACAUAGAGUUUUGCUGGUUGGGCGCAUUCAAGACCAUCCUUAGUCCUGUAUCACCUAUUUCGGCCGUGCUCAUCGCUGACCUCCGUACCCGUCUCGAGAAGGUGUUCAAGCGUAUCCUUCCCCCCAUAGACAAGAAGCAGAAGCAGAUUCCUCGCUUAUCUGAUGUACUCCUCGACUGCUUCUCUUCCCUGAGUCCGAAGUGUCGUGAUGAAGAGCUUGAAGACUUGCUCUUCUUCAUCCUGGACCUGUACACAUUUCAUGGCAUCCCUGUCGCUAUCGCAGACAUAGACGUAGAUCAGGUCAUGGUGGAUCUUCGCUGUGCGCUGGAGGAGCAUGCCACACUCAAGAACAAGGGAGGGAGGGAUAGCUCAGCUCGUAUAGACGACUCCCACAUGUUCCUCGUCCUGGACCACAAUGUACUGGGUAUUCCUUGGGAGUCGAUACCGGUCUUGAGGGGCCAGAGCGUGAGCCGUAUCCCGAGCGUAGCGUUCUUGCUUGACCGCGUUCGGCUUGCGUCUGCAGAGAACCGAUCCGGGGGUGUUGUAGAUCGAAUAUCCGUGGAUUCACGCAAGACAUUCUUCGUGCUCAACCCCAGUGGGGACUUGAAAGGGACUGAGGGGCGAUUCAAACCAUGGCUCGAGCAGAUGCGGAGUGUAGGCUGGGAGGGUGUCAUUGGACGUCCACCAAGCGAACAGCAGUUCUUGGAUGCCCUUGCGCGGAAAGAUCUGGUAGUAUAUUUCGGGCAUGGAGGAGGGGAACAAUAUGUACGAUCGCACAAAAUCCGGCACUUGCAGCGCUGCGCAGCAACGAUGCUGUGGGGUUGCUCCAGCGGGUCACUGAAGGAGAUGGGCGAUUUCGACAGAGUUGGCACCCCGUUCAAUUAUAUGCUUGCUGGAUGCCCUUUACUAGUGGCUAAUCUCUGGGACGUAACAGACCGUGAUAUCGACAAGUUCUCACAAGCAGUUUUUGACUCGUUGAGAUUGACACCGACUCGUGGGGAGGAGCAGGGUGUGUCGGUAGUUACGGCGAUUGCACAUGCCCGGGAAGCUUGCAAACUGAAGUAUCUCACUGGCGCUGCACCAGUUGUAUAUGGGAUUCCGUUCUACCUCUAACGUUGCCCGCCCUAAUUUAUGUGCCACUAUUUGAAUCUACAAAUUGCAUUGAUUUUAUGUCCUAAGAACUUCGAUCUUUCUGUAAGGGGCACCCACAUCAACCUCCG